GUCAGACAGGCACGUAUGCACAUGGCAGGUGCCAGGGAAGCCUUCAAGUUCGUGUGUACGUGCACCUACCUCGGUAGAUGUGCAUCAUCAGCACGCAUUUUGCCCUGGCAAAAGCAAGGCGAUGAAUCAGUUGUGGAUGUAGCUGGGAGAGGAUGGCGCUUGCUUUACCAACCAUUGGUGAUUGCAUAAUCCUAGUGCUGUCCAUUCAGCAGAUUGCGGAUGAAGCUCAGGUGAACAAGAACCUUUCACGUCAACUUGCUUGGCAUGCUGGCAUAGUCCGUGAUGUGCUGUCCGAAGCGCAAAAGAAGGCCACUGGUUCGCAGAUGGCUGCCAUUCCUCAACUGGCAACCCUUAAGGCCCUCCUCAAUGAUGCGCAAAGCCUCCUUUCAAAGUUUGUCAAAAGAAAGUGGUUGAGCAGAAUGUGGAAGAGGGCAGACGAUUUCCAGGCUUUCCAAAACAUCCAUCGACGGCUUGAUGCGAGCAUCCAGGCCUUGAUGCUAGAGCUGGUGCUCAAUGUCGCGGUCCCAACUUUUAGCAUAGAGGAAAUGGAUGCCAUUGAGGAGGCAGAUUUAGAGCAGGACAGUGUGACAGUCAAGCGGCUACAGGAAGAGGCCAAGAAGUCCCCCAGCCAGGAUGAAGGGACCGAAGCAAUGUUGGCACAGUGGUCGGAGGUCCUGAGCGCAAGGCAGAGCGCAUCGCACGCCAGGAACAUUUCUGUAGGAUUGAAGAGGGAGGAGCUGACAGUCGGACCUAGAAUCGGGUCAGGGGGGUUCGGCAUUGUUUAUGAGGGGCGAUGGAACGGCGCGCCGGUUGCUGUCAAGGAGCUGCCCUACGGUGUUGACCUCAACGAGGAUGAGAGGGACGCAUUCAGAAAAGAGGCCGCUUACCACACAGACCUCAGGCACCCCCACGUCGUCCAGGUCUUUGGCACGUGCACCGAUGACCAUCCGUUCUACAUUGUCAUGGAGCUCAUGAGCGGGGGCAGCCUGUCGAGCCUCAUUAAGCGGAGAAUGAGCGGGCAGGCGGCAGGGGUUGCAGAGAGCCUUUUCCCCGUCGAGGUGGCACGGAGCAUGAUGCUCCAGAUAGCCAGAGCCAUGGUCUUCCUCCACAGCAGGCAGAUCAUCCAUCGGGACUUGAAGGCGGCCAACAUUUUGGUGAGGGUUCUGGAUGAGCGCAGUGGGGCGUGCGAUGUCAAAGUUGCCGACUUUGGUCUGGCCACGCUGAAGACGGCGACUACUGUGCACAAAACAAGGGCUGGUACGGGCCGCUGGAUGGCGCCAGAAGUUGCUGACGACGGACCGUACUCAGGGAAGUCCGAUGUGUACAGCUUUGCAAUGACCUGCUUCGAGAUCUUAACGGGCAGCGUGCCUUUCAGCAGCCUGAAAACGGACAUCGCUGUCAUGAGGGCGGUGGACAGGGGGGAGCGGCCAGAGCUUCCUGAGAGCUGCCCUGCCGAGCUGCGGGCGCUCAUUGAGAGCUGUUGGCAAGAAGACCACAGAGCGCGGCCGGCGUUUGAAGAGGUUUGUGAAAGGCUUGAGGGGAUGGGGGCGCUGGGCGGGCUAGACGGGGGUGUAAGGAGGGAGAGCCGAGGACCCUCUCCUGUGACGGCACCGGGGGCUGGAACGGAGGCGGCAGAAACGGAGGUGGCAAGCCAAACCCUAGAUGAGAUCAAAGAGGGGGCCAAGGAAGAGGAGGAGCAGGUGCAAGCUCCGGAGUGGAGGUCAAAUGCCGACCUUGAAGGGGUUAGCCCUCAGGGGUCCCUGUCCGUGGCAGCCAGCACGCGGAGUGAAGCAGUGUCCCACACUCCCACGGAUAAGCAGGCGGUCGAACUUCGAGGUGACUCUGAACGGGGCGUAGGAAAGGGGGUGCCAAGGGGGACAGCGGCACUUUUGGAAGCGUCGGGUCAGGGUGCCGGGAGGGUUGGUCAGGCGCUCCCCCCCCCGGUAGCGCCAAAGGAAGUGGAUCAGGCAGUCGAAAGUGUAAGCGAGCCGGUGGCUGCGAGCCUAGACGAUGUCUAUCGGAGGGCCUACAGGGGGGAGCCGGGGGCGCAAUACGAGCUGGCGCUGUGCUAUUAUAUCCCACGGCUGGGUGCCCCUCUAAACUUGAGGCAGGCGGUUGAGUGGCUAGAGAAAGCGGCAAAUGGAGGGGUCGCAAAAGCUCGUGCGUUGCUUGCGAGCUGUUAUUCCGAUGGGUUUGGAGUUGCAAAGAAUCCAGAAAAGGCCGUCCAGUUGGCAUUGCUGGUUGAGGGGGAGCCCCUGGCAAAGUAUGUUCUGGGGGUGGCAUACCUGGUUGGGUGGGGGGGUGUUCCACGCGAUGACGCAAUGGCAGGGAAGCUGUUUGCUUCUGCUAAGAAGCUUCUGGAGGUUCUCGUACAAGACUCCAAGGCGCCAGAUCUGCCCUUAUUUCAGGCCCGCCUGGGAGACUGCUAUUCAUAUGGACGUGGGACGUCGACGGACUCCAAACAGGCCUUGGCUUUGUACCAGGAGGCAGCGGAGCAGGGGCAUGCAACAGCACAACUCGACGUCGGCGAUUGCUUAAGCGACCCUUUGCCAAUGGAGUUCCGGGACAAGCAUGGGACACGUGCAUACUGGUAUUGGAAAGCGGUAGAGCAAGGGCUUGCAGACGCCCAGUUCCAGCUAGCCCGACUUAUAGAGUGUGGGAACGGCACAGAAUGGCAGAAAGCAGAAGCUGUUCGGUUGUACUCUGCGGCGUUGGUAAAUUGGGACCAAAACGAACUUGCCAGGUGGUUCCAAGAAAACACCCGCGCUGGGCUUCUCGCCUGGAUCUUCCGUCAAGACACCCGUGCUUCUCUUGGGGUCGCUUCUCAACUUGGACACAUCAACGGGCCGUUACUACUUCGGAUGCUCAACCUGAGGGUCGUUAGCUUGGUUGACCUUUCAACUGACGUAGACAUGCUGGCAGCCACCCUAAAGCGGGGGCCCUUCCCAGCGCUGCAGACGCUGAACCUUAAAAACAACUGCAUAGGGUGGCGCGGCGCCAUGGAGCUGACAACCGCCAUAAACCGGGGCUUUCUUCCGGCGCUGUGUUUGCUUGACCUCUGCGGGACUCAGAUUGGGGUGCUUGGUGUCCACGCAUUGGCGGGUGCUCUUGAGCGGGGGUCCCUCCCGGCGCUGCAGUCGCUAGACCUACAGUGCAACAACAUGUUGGCGCGGGGGGCAAAGGCACUGGCAGGCGCCCUGGAGCGGGGGCCCUUCCCGGCGCUCCGACAGCUGCAGCUCGGUGGAAACGAGAUUGGGGAGCAGGGCGCCCGAGCGCUGGCGGCCGCCCUGGAGCGGGGGUCCUUCCCGGUGCUGCAGUCACUAUCCCUACGGGGCAACAAAAUUGGGUUGCAUGGGGCGCAGGCAAUGGCCCGCGCCCUUAAGUGUGGGUCUGUCCCGGCGCUGCAAGAGCUAAAUCUUUCGGAGAACGGGAUUGAGGAGCAGGGCGCCCGAGCACUGGUGGUCGCCUUGGGAACGGGAUAUCUAGCGCAGCCAUUGAUUGGCAGGUGA